ACUGGUAUUAAGUAUUAAGGUAUUGGUAUUCUCAUUCUCAAGACUGUGUGAUAGAAGUUCUUGAAUUCCCUAAACUCGUUAAUUUAUGUAGAUUUAUUAUAUUUGUAUUAAAAAUUGUGAUUGUAAGCUAAUUAUUUUUGUAGUGUUUUAAAUAUAGAUACAGUGGCGAAUAUCAUACAUUAUAAUACAGGAAAAUGGAUUUGACCAUUCUAAUAUUCAUAGCCCUGUUUGCUGUUGCAUCUUUUCUAUUAUUUGUGGUGUAUAAGUUUGGAAUUAAGGAGAAGAGUUAUGAAGAGGCAUUGGCUGAGCAACGGCAGCAAACUAAUAUUCUACUGGGCACAAAAUCCAAGCCUAAAGAGAAGAAAAGCAAAAAGGCAAAUAAAAAGCCCAAAGAAAAGCCAGUUGAGAAAGAAACUGACGUGAAUGAGUCAGAAAAUACGGACAAUAAAGAAAAUUCCCACCCCGGCAAACUUCACGUGGAAUUCAAAGAAGAAGCUGAAGAAGUCAUUAUCACAGAGGAGCUGAAAGUAGCAUCCAGUAAGGAACCAAACAAGCAGAGAAAGGUGAAAAAGGUUCGUCCGAUUCUGGUGAAAAAGGAACAGUCGCCCCAGAGAGUCGCUCUGGAAAUCGUCGAAGCUCGGAUUGCUAAUCAUUUCGAAGAGAUUCAUCCGAAAGACGACUUCGAGUUGUUGAGAUCCAAUAGUAGAGACGAUAUUUUCAAACAAGAACCGGUUAAGGAGAAGCUAGUAAAAGAGAAGAAACAAACCACCGAAGCCGGCGUAGCCGCCAAAAACAAGAAAAACGCCAAGACCCAACAGACCGACGUCGGCAAGCAAGAGAAACCGGCGCCACCUGCAGAAGAGAAGGUAGAAGAGAAAGUGAUAAUCGACGUUAUUCCGGCGGUUCCACAGACAAACGGCAUCGUCGCAAAUACCGGUAAAGAAAAGAAGAAAAAGAAAAGCGAAUUUAACACUAAACAGCAGUUAACUGCAGAACGUGACGGACUAAUAAACUCGCAUGAGGCUCCCGCAGUUAUCGACGAUUGGAGUGAGGGAAAAUCCGACCCGAUUCAGAAGCUGAAAAGACAACUCGCCGAGAAAGAAAAAGCCCUCGUCGACGAACAACAGGCACUCGUCGGUGCGCAGGCCAAGCUGAGAGAGAUAAGAAGCGAACAACAGGCGGAAAAAUCACAACUUCAACAGAAACUGCGCGUAAUGGAGGAAUCGAUGCAAACCAAACAGAUAGAAAUCCAAGCGGCCGCCAAUCGGUAUCAAGUGGCGUCUCAAAAGAUGCAACAAAUUCAAAAUGAACUCAGCGCCGAGAUGAUGAAGACGCGCAAACUGAUGGACGACAACAACGCCUUGCAGAUGCAAGUCCAGCAAUAUGAAGUUAGCAUUCCGCAGGUGCAGGAGAGUGAAGGUAUUAUAAUGAAAUUAAGGACUGAAUUAAACGAUGCUGCAAAUUCCAAUCAACAACUUCAACAACUCGCCGUGGACAAAGACCAUCAAAAUCAAAACUUGCUGAUGCAGAUCGCCACCUUAAAAGAUUCGAUGCACGACGCCCAAAAGAAAUUGGAAAUUUAUAUACGCAAGGAAAACGACUGGACGAGGGAGAUGUCGAGUUUGAACACUUCACAACAGAAGCAAUUCGAAGAGCAACGAAACUUAGAACACACGAUCUCUCAACUGAACGGACUGUUGCAUAACGCCAACAGUGAAAAGGCUGAAUCAACUAAGAUAAUAGCACAGCUCAAAGCGGAUCUCCAGAAAACUAAGGAAGAACUGAACGGCUUGGGCGACAUACCUGACAGCAAAAACAAACACGAAGUCGAAAUCCUCAAUUUAAGUAACGAAUUAUCUUCAACGCGUAACGAAUUGUCAUCGAAGAUCGAGGAAUUACAACAGAACGAAAGAAAGUACAAGACAGAAUUAGAGACGUCUAACAAAAAAUACCAGUUGAUACAAAAAGAGUUGGAUGAACAGAAAACGAAGAAUAAUGAGUUGCGUACAAAGAACUGGAAAGUUAUGGAAGCGUUAAAUGCAGCCGAAAACAAGAAUAAAGAACCGAGCAAAAAGCCAGAUAUUGACGUUAAAAAAUUGAGUUCGGAGAUCAUAAGCAAAGAGCAGGAGUCCCAGAAACAAUUCAUGCAACGGCUAUUUCCCGACAUCGAAGCCUUAAAGACGCUCAACGCCGGCGACUGGCAGGACCAAUGUGCUAAACUGAUAGAGAAGUACGUCAGAUCUCUCAAAGAAGAGCAGCAACACAGUUCGCAACAUUCUUCUCCCCAGAAAUCUUCGGAAGUGAUAAAAUUACAGGCGCAGAUUGAGCACUACAAAAAUACUAUAGACGACACGGAAGGUUUGUUAAACGAACUCCAAAAACGUGUAGAGCAAGAAGAAAUGACAUGGAGGGGUCAGUUAGCCGCGAAAGAAGCAGAACUAGAGAAUUUAAAAUCUAGUCAUCUAUCGCAGUUGCAAACAAAACUUGCGAAUUUAGAAAACCUCUUAUCGAAGGAAGUCGAAGAGAAAAAGAAACUUUUAGAAGAGUGCCAACUGCUUAAAAGUCAAAAGACACAACGUAGCACGCAAGCCGAUUCGACAGCUACGAUAGAAAAACUGUCAGAGGAGGUGAAUCAUUUAAGAGAACAGCUUAGAUUAGAACAAACUAAAAACGGAGACGUAGGAGUUUGUCUUAAAGCACAAAAUUGUAAUAAUUCUUCAAAUGGACCUUCUUUUCUUGAUCAUUGUCUGUCGUCGUCAUCUAGUGUAGCUUCGUCUCUUAUCGAAGAUUAUAAAAAACCAAAGAAUAAAAAAAGAAAGAAGAAGGUAUCCAAUGUAAGAAACGCCAACAUUUGUUCAAAUAUGGGGUGUCAGUUUUUGUACUGUGAUGGUAACAGCUGCGGCAACAAUUUAUAAGCCAACGAAGUAUUUAAAAAAGGCAGAGAGAAAUCAAGAAUAAGUUGUUAAAGAUUAUAAUCGUUAAAAAAUAACACUUAGAUUUACACUAUUUACUUAACAUAUAAUUUUAACGAAAUAAUUUACAUAAUAGUAUGCGUUAUCAUUCCUUUUAUGUUUUUGUUGCGUGUGCAAUAACUUAUUCUAUGUUUUAUUUGUAUUUUUACGUUUACUCUACUAGUAUUCCGCGGCAACAGUUUUUUUGAAAUGGGUUCUACAAUGUAGUUGUUUCAAGUCGGUUAAAAUGGGUUUUAUGUUUCAAUCCGGUGUUCACAUUUAUGUUGUGUUAACUGUGCAUAUUUGCUUAAUUCUCAAAAUGAAAAAGCAAUCUAUAAAAUUUUUAAAAUUAUGGAAAUGAAGAGUUGGGUCAUUUGUUUAUUAUAAAGACAAAUAAUGGGAGUGAAAAAAUGUUUGUAAAAAUUCCACACAAAACGAUUUACUGUAUUUUUGCCGAUAAAAAUUAUUUAAUGUAUAAAUUUGACAUUUUAGUACUUAAAAAUGCUUUCAUUAGGCUCUUUAAGAUGGCACCACACCCAACACCUUCAGAACAUUUGACUACAGUUAGGAGCUUCCUCCGCCAUUUUCCUUUAAUAUGGUGCCAUAUAAAAUAUUUUCAGAACGAUUGAAGAGCUUUAAUUUUGGGUACCUCUCCCUUCUUCGUUUAACAUUAACAUGUUGGCAUAAAUCAUCGCCGAAAAUGCUUCCGUACGAGGCUACAGUUUUUUGAAGAUGAUGAUACCUUAUCCUUUAACUCCAGUACAGUUGAAGAACCAUUUGACUACAUUUGGUAUGCCCCUUCAACAUAGUACCGUAUCAGACAUCUUUAGAACGGUUGAAAAGCUAUAGUUUUUAAGUACUUCAGUUUCUUCUUCUUUCAGCAUUAACAAUUUGGCAUGAAUCAUCACUAAAAAUACUUCCAUACAAGGCUACAGUUGUUUGAAGAUGGUAAUAUCUUAUUCAAUAACUCCAGAACAGUUGAAAACCCAUUUGACUACAUUUGGUAACUCCCUUCAACAUUGUACUGUAUCAGAUAUCUUCGGAACGGUUGAAGAGACAGAGUUUUGGGUACUUCCCCCUUCAUCUUCGUUGAACACUAACAAUUUGUCAUUAAUCAUCUCCAAAAAUGCUUCCAUACGGGACUUAUCCAAUAACUCCAGAACAGUUGAAGAAUCAUUUAACUAGUUUAGUAUAUUUUUUCAACAUACUACUGUAUAUGAAAUAUCUACUUUCCCUUUAAUCUUCGUUACACAUUAACAGUUUGGCAUAAAUCAUCUCCAAAAAUGCUUCCAUACCGGGCUACAAUUGUUUGAAAAUGAUUAUACCUUAUCCAAUAACUCCAGAACAGUUAAAGAACCAUUUGACGACAUUUUUGGUAUGUCCAUUCAUUCAUGGUACCGUAUCAUAUAUCUUCAGAGCUUUAAAUUUUCAGCUAUAGAUUUUGUGUACUUUAUCUUUAUCUUUCAGAAUUCACAAUUUGGCAUAAAUCAUCUCCAAAAAUUCUUCCAUACAAGACUACAGUUGUUUGAAGAUAAUGAUACCUUAUCCAAUAAUUCCAGAAUAGUUAAAGAUUCAUUUGUCUGUAUUUGGUAUGUCCCUUCAACAUGACACCGUAUCAAAUAUCUUCGGAACGGUUAAAGAGCUGCAAUUUUGGGUACUGCGCCCUUUAUCUUCGUUUAACACUAACAAUUUGGCAUUAGUCAUCACCAAAGAUGCUUCCAUACGAGGCUACAACUGUUUUAAGAUGAUACCUUAGACAAUAACUCCCGGAACAGUUGAAAAACUAUUUCGCUACAUUUGGUAUGUACUUCAACAUUGUUCCGUACCAGAUAUCUUCAGAACCGAUGAAGAGCUACAGUUUUUGGGUUCUUCCCAUUCAUAUUAAUAAUUUGGUAUGUAUUAAUCAUCUCCGAAAAUGCUUUCGUACGAGGAUACAGUUGUUUGAAGAUGCUGAUACCUUAUCCAAUAACUCCAAAACAAUUGAAGAACCAUUUUACUAUUUUUGGUAUGACCCUUCAACAUGGUACCGCAUCAAAUAUCUCCAGAAGAGCCACAGUUUUAGGUACACCCGUCAUCUUCGUUCGAGAUUAAAAAUUUGACAUAAAUCGGCUGCAAAAUCGCUUCCUAAAGAGACAAAAUCUAUUCAAAAGUAGCGGCACGUAAUUGUAGUCAUAAAUUGCUAUUUUUCAAGACUUGUAGAACCCAUUUCCAUAUCAUGCUUUUAUUAAGACUUAUUAAAAUAUCUGUGAGAUUGUAAAUUUUAAGUAGACAAUGUGAAACAAUUGAGAAAAGAACUCGUUAAAUUAAUAAAUGAAAGUACUAAAUAGGCAUCUGCUUUUUGUUAGGACGUAUUGAAGCUUAUCCGUAAGGUAUCGUUUUAGUUAAAACUACAUAGUAUAUAUUCUUGUAAGAGAAAAGGGAUGCGUAUGAAAGAAUCAAAUUAAUAUAUGUUAUUUUAAAAAUAUUAGCUUCCUUUUGUAUACUUUUCAAUAAUUUCAAUAAAUAUUUAUACUAUUG